ACCAAUUAGCCGUUGCUAGCGUAAAGCGGCUCACAUUUAACCGACACAAAGCUAGCCAAACAGCCCCAGUUUGUGCUCAUUCAACAGCUUCAUCAUGGCCUGUUUCAGUUAACCAGGGCGGCUUAUUCACAGCUUUAGCGCCGGCCGUUUGGGCCACUUUUCUCGGUUGAAAGUUCAAGCUACUCCGGUACUCUGCUCGCCUUCUGGGUAACAAUGUUGAACGGGGUUACUCUGCGGGCUCAGAUCGCCUCCAUAAUCGAUGUGCUGUCCAAAGCAGCCGUGGCAGAAAUCUCCAAAGUUGUUGAAGAUGGGAUGGUGGUGUUGCGGCUGGAAAUGUGUCAGCGAGAAAAUGAGAUCAAUAAGCUGAAGAGCAACAUCGAGGUUCUGCACAAGGAGCUGCGAGCAGUCCAGGAGAGAGAGACGAGGGAGACCCUGGGAUCUGAGAACCGGGGGAGAGAUGAUACUCAGAGAGAUGUUGGUGAUGAAAGGAUCUUGGUGGAAAAUGUACUUGGUGAAAAAGCUCAAAGCAGCCUGACCUUACCUGAGGUGAAGGUGAAACAGGAACCUGUUGAAGAAAGAAGUGAAGAGGUCAGAGGUCAGUCUGACCAACCCACCUUGUACGAAGGUGAUGGUACGCAGUGGAGACCGGCAACACAAACUCAGUCGGGGCUCAACAACUCAGAUUACUUAAAUGUGGGACAGACCUCCAUGUCAUACCUGCCUGAGUCUUCUCUGGACCCUGGUCUGGCUGAGCCCUGCACAAGCACCAGUGGGUUUCAGCCGAGCCAGUUCAGCCGUGGACUGCUCGGCUACAGUCAGUACCGUAACUCAUUCAACUCAUCGUGGAGGAGGACGAAUAAGCGGUUAAUGUUCAAGAAAGGCUUCCACUGUCCGUACUGCGGCAAAUAUUUUGAGCGAUCGGGACACCUUGAGAGGCAUAAGAGGAUUCAUACUGGUGAGAAACCGUAUCGCUGUGACAUCUGUGGGAGACGCUUCAAUCAGAAGUGCAGCCUAAAGGAGCACACAAAGAUUCACAGAAAAUAUAUGCAGCAACAACCACCUCAGAUCCAAGUGAAUCAAGAGAAGCAGAUCCCUGAGGUGACCCCACAUCCUGAUACUCAUCAACCUGACAAAGAGAGCCAGAAGAAAGCAGAGGAGGUCCUGUCAAAGAAGCAGGAUGCUGUCCCACCACCUGUACGAGUGAAAUCUGAGCCUACAGAGGAGAAGAUAACUCAGCCGGUCUCUGAAGAAGGAAACCAGCAGAAGGAAGGAGGAGACAACCUCAGUGAGAAUUUUACAUCAUUUCAAAGAGACGGCCAGCAGUGGAUGUCCACAUUACAAGAACAAAACGGCUCAGAGAUCAGCAGGACGGAGUAUCACAGCAGCUCAGCGCAGAGUAUGCCAUCCUUCCAGGGAAUAAAUCAAAUUCUCUCUCCACCAGCUGAAGCCUCAUGUAGCACAUUCUCCUUCCCAGAGAAACCAUACGGAGAACAGAAAAACAGCAUGAUGUCCCAAACCCCUUAUGGAUCCUCAGAUACACUCAUGUUAUCAGGCGAAGCCGGAUUGCACGGUAUGGUGGGAUCUACGCUGAAUCACCACAUGCAGACAGGAGAUGGGUCGUUUCAUAUGAUCAAACCAAAGAAAUGCUUCCUCUGUUCGUACUGCGGUAAGAUCUUUGUUCGCGCCGGUCACCUGGAGAGACAUUUACGGAUUCAUACAGGGGAGAAGCCGUAUGGCUGUCAUAUCUGCGGGAGGUGCUUCAACCAGAAGAGCAGCCUGAAAGGACACAUGAAGACGCACAGAAAUGGAGGAAACACAGACAUGCUGGAGUCUCAUCAUGUCAUGUUUUCAAUGUCUGAUAAUCUUCUGCCGAAGGACCAGCCAGAAUCCAAACACAGGCCAACAGCUGCUGAAGGUCAGGUACCCGGCUCUGCAUAUACCGAUGCCACUGGUGAGCAAGCAGUGAUGGUUAAGCUGGAGUCGAGUGGGAAGGGUCUUCAGACUGUAGGUCGACCAGGGAACAAUAACGGCAUCAGAGCAAACGAUCAAAGUCAGCUGUGGUCAUCUGGGAUGGAAACAAGGAGUGAUACCAGUGAUCCAGAUGCCUGCAUACUCUUACCUGAUGUCAAGUAUCACAUCAGUCCUGGAGCAGCCAAUGAGCAGGAAGGAUACACCUCACCGAUUAAAGACCUGCCUUUUAUAGACAACAAAGACAAGGAUGACAUAAUGCACAGUGAUCCGUAUACGAUCAUGGGAAUACAGUCAAGGAAUUCAGAUUUGACUCUAGCACCUGAGCUGCCAAAUCAUCACAUUAUACAGGCUGUGACUAUUGACGAUUACACCUCAUUGGGUGAGGGAAACCCUGAGGGAAGGGUGUUUGAAUUUGAAAUGAUCACCUCGGGCGGCAAUGAGGACAGCUGUGGUGGGGAUGGAACCAGACAGAACUGCUUUAUAUGCUCAACUUGUGGGCAAAGCUUUGAUAGUUUCGAGUUAUACCAGAGGCAUCAGUGUCAGACGAUCAGUGAGCAGACCUUCAGCUGUCAUAUAUGUGGGAAAAAUUUUAAUCAAAUGAGCAUUCUGAAGCUGCACCUCAAGUUGCACGCAGAAUAAAAAAAAUCAUUUGUAACCCACAUGUCGAGGAAAAACACUGCAAAAUAUCCCUCACUUAGCUGCAUCUCAUCAAGUCUUGGCACUAGUUUAUUUUUUCUUCACUGCCAAAUCUGACUGAGAGCUACAGCAAUACUUGAAAUGUCCAAAACUUCCAAAAGCUUCCGUCACAUUUCAAGUGAUCCUGCCACGUUGACCCACUCCAUCCAGUCAUGUAUUGAGGACUCUUUGAGAUGAUUGAGCAUUGUUAAUCAUAAACACAGAAGGUUGAAGCUUGUGAAAUUUCAGCCUAAUAUCUUAAUUACUGUAAGAAGAAAGCAAACUAUGUUAAGUGUCUCAUGCAGCGACUGUAUAAAGUGUUCAGUUGGACAAAGCUUGGAUCAUGCCAGCCAUUUGGUUAACAAAACCAAUCAGCAAUACUGUGGUCACAGUAUUGAAAACACUGACUGAAAUUAACUGCUAGGAACAAAGAGGUGAACCUGAAGUGGGUCCUUAGACUCCUGAAAACCAUCUAUUACUCACUGGCUUGCAGUCAUAUCAGCCAUGUCCUUCAUUAUUUCUCAUGAGUAUCCUUGUUAGAGCCAAAAAUAUAUAAAAUUUAUAAAAAAGAAUCAUCCCACACACAGUUUGUGCCUACGAAGUCAUGAACUAUUCAGACAAAAGGUGCUUUCAACUAAAAGUUAUCACAACUUGUCACACCACUGAUACAGAAGGAACAGUGUGGAUUCUGCCCUGGUUUUGGGACAGUGGACCAGCUCUUUACCCUUGCAGGGCUUCUUGAGGGAGCAAGGGAGUUUACUCAUCUAGUUUACAUGUGUUUUGUGGACUUGGAGAAUGCUUACGAUGGUGUCCCACAAGGGGUCAUCUGGGGGAUACUACGGGAAUAUGGGGGACAGCAGUGAUGAGCCAUCAGGUCCCUGUAUGACCAAGUAAGAGCUGUGUUUGCAUCCUAGGCACAAAGUCGGACAUGUUCCUAGUGGCAGUUGGCUUCCACCAGUGCUGCCCCCUUAUCUCUGAUUCUGUUUGUGGUUUUCAUGGACAGAAUCUUGAGGCGCAGGUUUGGGUACCUCAGAAUAUCGUCUCUGCUUUUUUGCAGACGAUGUGGUUCUGUUGGCUUCUUCUGCCAGGGACCUCUAGCCGGCACUAGGGUGGUUUAGGGGUGGCCUAGUGCAAAGUGGCUGGGAUGAGGGUCAGCACCUCCAAGGCCAUGGUACUCUCUUGGAAAACGGUGGAUUGCUCCCUUCGGGUGGAGAGUCUUUGCUCCAAGUGAAGGAGUUCAAGUAUCUUGGAGUCUUGUUCACGAGUGUGGGUAGAAUGGACCAUGAGAUUGACUGGCUAAUUGGUGCAGCAUUGGCAGUACCGCAGAUGUUGGACCAGACCAUUGUGGUGAAGAGGGAUCUGAGCUGGAAGACAAAGCUUACAAUUUACUAGCCAGUCUUUGUUCCAGCCUUUAUCUAUGGUCAUAAGCUCUAGGUAAUGACUGAACGAAUGAGAUUGCGGGUUCAAGCAGUCUAAAUAAGACUCCUUAGGAUGGUGGCUGGGCUCAGUCUUAGAGAUAGAGUGAGGAGCUCAGACAUCCAGAGAGAACUCAAGGAGUCGCUGCUCCUUAAGCUUGUUGAGGUGGUUCAGGCACGGUUGAUCAGUAUGCUUCCUGAACGUCUCCCUUACCCCAGGGCACCCCCAGGACUCACUGGAGGGAUCAUAUAUCUCAUCUGGCCAGGAGACACCCCUGAAUCCCCCAGGAGGAACUGGAAAAUGUUGCUGGGGAGAGGGAUGUCUGGACUGACUAGCUUAGCCUGCUGCCACAGUGACCUGGCCCUGGAUAAGUGGAAGAUUAAAUAGUUCCUUUGGCCCUGCAGGAAGAACUUCCUCGAAUUUAGGUGUUUUCCUACUGCAGGAACCAGGGUCUAAAUUGAGUUCUAGGAUGAUGAAUCUACCACAUCAAGAGUUUCUGCUCAGGUGGUAGUACUUUCCUAAGAACUAUGGGGGUUAGGGCUGCAGCAGUGAAGGUCUCUGAUCAGUAACUAGGUCAAACACUUUGCCAGUGACCCUUACACCCAGAUCAUUACCAUUUUAACGGUUGACAGACAUUUGUUGUAGGCUCCUGUCAAUUUUAGAGCUCAACUAAAGAGACCAAAACCAAGCCCAGCUGCCCUGUUUGGAAUGAGUUUUGGAAAGCCAUCACUUUGGUGACCGAGCACCUACACUCGUUUGAUAAGAAAAUCUAAUUUCACAUUAUUGUAUUGAUUUACUUUGUCUUCCUAAAACCUGGUUUCAUCAGGAUGCCAGGACUUCCUGAUGGAAACGCAGACAACACUGAGCCUCAGGGACCAUCUAGUUCCUUGAGAAGAGUACUGAAACCUAAUAGUUCUGGUUGUACUUAUGGUAGAAGAGCACCUCAUACUACUCAUAAAUGGCUGUAUGACUAUUAGCAUUACUUCUUAAAGAUACCUAGAUAGCUGUCAUGUAAAAGACAUAAUUACACUCAUCUCGUCAUCAAGAAAGUAGCGACAUUAUUACAUUACCUUUUUAGGUGUUAAAAGAUACAGAGGGAAAUGCAUAAGGCGAGGCAGUUUUAUAAAUCAAACAAUUUAAAUUAAUUUACAGACUUUCAAACAGAUCGUUUUUAAUAAAAGAACAUUAAAAGAGUAAAAUGACAAUAAAAAUGAACUACUCUAACCAAAAUGGUUAUUUCUACCAGGCUGUAUACAGGCUUAUUUCUACUGUAAAAAUCGGCAUUUAAACGUAGGGUGUGUUUGUGAGUUCUGGUGCCUCUGUAGCCAGCUUUGAAUAGAUACUCGAGGAACUACAGUAUUUCGUAUUUGCACAUUUGCUCAUUUUUUUCAGCAACCAUGCUUAACGCUUUGCCUUCAGUAGCAAAAGCUAUUGCUUUCUGGGUUGCAGAAACAUUUGUUGCUCUUAGCAACCGCCCGUGUCACUCACCUGGAGCCAGUGCACCAGCUGGGUCUAGAUAAAGUCCGUCUUAUCUCCUACGUCCAACUUAGCUGCAACUCACCUUUACACUGAAUGUACCAAGUGCAGCAUGGGACUGUCAGGGUCGCAUUUGGUCUUGUCAUGUGUGCUCACAUUAACGCUUGCUGAACGGGGAAUGUUGCAGAGUAACACACUUCCCUUCCGUCCCAACUUCUAAACAACUAUUUACAGAAGAUUUUCACAACACAACACAAACCAAAAAGAAAAAAAGAAGUCAUAAUUUCCUGGUAGAGCCAAGGAAAGGCUUCUUAUAGCGUGAUCUACCAUGACUUGUGAUAAACAUUAACGUAUCUUGCACAGUGUUUAAAAUGCCCCUUGCGCCUGCCUUGCUUCUCUGUCUUAUAUGAGGAGUCUUUUCAGUCAAAUUAGCGCCUCACAAGGUCUCUCAAGGUUGUAGCUAAGUCCGGCAACAUUUCAGCCAGUCGUACAAUCAGCUGGUGCACUCGGCUCCUGAUCCCUUAUGUAUGUCAAUAACCAUUUAAGGAGUGGUAACUGCCAUAAGAUGUUUCCACCCUAACUUCAGUUUCUUCCUGCCGGCUCCCUUAGUAAUGUUCCUGCAAAAAGUCCAGGUGAGACAAUGUUGGAACGCAGCAAAACAUAUUCCUGAUAUUUACCGCGAGCAAGGGGGGAACAACAAUCUCUAAAUCCUGUGAGCAGUGCAACCGAUGUGAUCACUGUGCACGCAGUAGAAACUGCAUAACUAUGUUUUUGUGUUUUAAUUUGAGGUCAGUAUCAAAUGUCAUGCCACAAUAGACUGCUAAGAUAACUGGCCUCACAGGUUUGUCUUCCCUUAACUAUAUAAUAUCAACAUUUGUUAUUUAAGUUUCACAUUAUCAGGUGGAAUUUCAUUCUGUGGUGUAAUGUUGUCAUUGAGGAACAGAUCAGAGUGGAUUUGCUUACAUCGUAGAUGGACUGUCACUGCAUUUAGACUGACAUGAAAACAAGGUUUUUUCAAAACACUUUAAAGAGAUGGGUUUCUUUUUUCAGACAACACAAUAUUCAGAACAAGAAAACAAAAUGAAUUUGCUGGAUAUUGAAGAGAUAGGAAUUUGGACAAAUCACGGUAUGAACAGCUCAAGGGUCUUUAUUUAGAAUGUAAACAGCUUUGAUAAGAUAUUAUUGCUGUUGCCAGAGAUAUUCUGAAGGAUAAUUUAGGAGGUGUCACCAAGGGUUAAAUAUUUAUAAGUCAUAAUGUACAGUCUGUAAAAAAAACAAACAAAAAAGAUACUUUGCUAAAACGGGCAGAUAAAGGUGUCUAUAAGUUAAACUAAAACGGUCCUUGCAGAGCGCUGUACUCCAAAGGUGCUUGUGUUUUGUUGAUUGAAAAGUAUUCUGCUUUUAAUUCUACCGAAAGUGGAGCAAAUUCUGUGCCUUUUUUAAUUUAGUCCAAGGUUUCACUUGUACAAAAUCCAAAAUGACAAAAAAAUGAAUAUUAUAUGGAUUCUCAAAACAGGAUUAUGAUUUGUUGGAGAAAAUGGAAAGGAAAAUUAAUUUCAAGGUUUAUUUAUGUUGGGAAAAUAACACCUCAAUGCAAAGUUCAAGUGUUUUGAAACUCCACUCUUUGUGGGACCUUUUACUUUGAAGGCUGUUUUUGACCAGCUUUACAAGUAAGUGACGUGAUGUAUCUCAGAAGACUAUUUCUUUCAGGGUGCUCAUUUCAACACUCUGAUUUGCACUCACACGAAGUGCAAAACUCCUGAAAAUAUCUUGAGUUUUCCAGUGUGAGCUGUGUGUGGGAAUGCAAGCAGAGGUUUUCCCUCUCUACUGUCUCCCAGCCCCCUAGUAUUUCCCCUUUCCUUGAUACCUCCAUUGCCUGACAUCCAACCUGCAGGAAAACUUCCUGCUGUAAGGGACAAGUGUGAACUAACAAGUCAGUAAAUACUCUUGGUAGGUUACCCUACAAUUUCCAGAAAUUUUUCAGGUGGCAUGGAUGGAAAUGGGCGGUGUUCUCCAUAACUAGCAAAUCUCAGUUAACCUGUUGUCGCUGAAGUCUGUAUGCUGCUGUAGAUGGUGUUUUUGUUUCUCUUGGUAGGUGGUAAAAUGAGUUGCCCUUCUCGGAGAAAGGAAGUUGUGUGAAUCGAACAAUAAACAGCCAGUAUUACCACUGAACAUGGAAUAGUCUGGAAUAUUUGCUGCUUUGUGCAUUUGUUUGAAAAGGGUGGCUAGUCUCAAAGAGGUCAUUAAAACAGUUUGACAAAACCAACACUCCAGCUAAGCUCGCAGAAGGAGCGCCUGUUAAACAAAACCCUCUUUGAUACAGUACGAUAAGUGCCGACAUUUUUCAAACUGAAUCUUGAAUCCUGUAAGUUCAGAGAUUCAAAACCUUGUUGCCAACUUAAAUGUUCAAUAUUUUCUCCUGUUUUUAUGGUGUUUUCAGUUUUAUGUAAUUUACUACACAGACUCACUGAUCAAUAAUUGUCCUUUUUAUAUCCAUAUGUAGCAUGAUUCACGGGUAAUCAAGUAAUACAGUUGAUCACAUGUUAAAUUAUGUUUAAAGGAUAAGUAUAAUGAACAUAUCCAGUUAUCUUUGUUUAGCUUUUUGUAUUUUUAAAUAAAACUGAAAA